AUUUUCCUACAAAACCCCCUGACAUUAGUCUUUCAUGGACUAUUUCAAUCACCCCCUCACUUGAGGCCAUUUGCAUUUAGUAAUUCAAUAAUUGCACCCUACAACUAGAAAUUACAUACACAUACUUUUUAGUUUCAUUUUUAAACAAGGUAUCUUUAUAUAAAGCCACAGUACAGUUCAUAGCAGGAAAACAGAAGCCAGUAGUCAGAAAACAUUCAUACUCUAGAGCCUGUGGGGCCUUAAGGACCAUGUAACAUAUUUCUGUUCUCCAGAUAAAAGGUCAUUUACAUCUGAAAUAUUUUGAUGUUUCAAAGUUUACCACGAUCUACAACAGAAAUAGCAACUACAUGUGAGCCAAAAACCAAAGAUGAAGCACAGUUUGCAGAAGAAGAUGUGUACAACUGUCACCCAAAAUCCAGAGCUGAGCUGUGCAUUUGCCAUCAUUUUAUAGGCAAUUUCUGGGCUGGAUUUUGCUGCUCCAUAAGCAGGUUAAUUCUACAGUUCUGCAGUAAAUUCUACAGUCCUUUAUAUUACUUUAAACUAAUGUUUUCAGUGGAAAAGCAGUGGCUUUACCGCAGCAGAAUGUAUCAUGCCAAGUAUUUGUAAGACAACAGAACCAGUAUGCUGCUUUAUUUUUGCUUCCUGUACUUUUUCCUCAUUUAUACAGAAGGAACUUUUAAGUGCUUGAGCAGGCAUGGAGGAUGAAAUACUGAAAUCAACCAGCCUUUUGACAAUGCCAGGAUUUAAAUGAUGACCUUCAUGGCAGCAUGCCACAAGGAGUAUCUGUUUCUUGGAUGCAUCCCAAAAGCUCCCCAGACAUCUGAUGUCAUGUAACUAUCUCUAUGGACUUCCAGCAGAAAAUACAACAUCCAGCAGAAACAUUACUUUCUCUCUUCCCUGGUUCUCUGCCCCCCCACAUUUCUGGUAUUCUGGAGAAAUUCCCUUCUGUCUUCCUUCAGUUUCAUUGUCCUCUGAACUUCCAGUUAUUGCCAGAAAUCACAAAGUUCUACACUGAUUUUAUGUUGUUGCUUUACCUUUGCUGUGAUGUUCCUGCUGCUGUUAACUCUGAUGAAAAUUUCAGACCCCUUGACUCAAGUCUUGAUAGAUAAAGGUAAUUGUUACUUUCAGUGCAUGUCUUUCAGAGAAAAAUAACCUGAUUUUUAUUUGUAUACACAUGGUUUCAUGGACAGUUUAAGAGUAUUCAUAUUAGAUUAUCUCAUUGCAGUCUUAAGGCUUUUAUAUUUUAGGUGUGGUUUUUGAAUGAAUAAUGGCUACUCAUUCACAGUCUUAUCCUGUCAGUGUGAGCCUUCAUCUUCUCCACCGUCUAAUACUUUUCAGUUAAAACCUAAAAUUCUGUUGCUUUGUAAUCCUGGCCCAUAAUAGUUAUUGCCUUGUAUCAGGCUGUUGUGUAUAUUUUACCAAGUUCCAGUUUUUACCAAACCUAUGCCCACUGAGUCACUAAGACUGCAGUUCCCAAAUUGCAGACUUCCUUCCAAAGUAGACAUUCCAAGUCUGCUUUCCAUUGGGGUGAGACUAUUUCGAUGUAAAAUUUAAAUUAAACUUGGAUAAUGUGUGCCCGAUUGAAAACAGCAGUGGCAGGCAGUCCACAGAUGCAACAGGGAACAGCAUACACCUCUUAGUCUCUAAAUGUACAAAGAGACAAAAUAUCUACUAAGGUUAGGGGGUUUUCUACCCUCUGUGGCACUGGUGAAAGUGUAACCAUGAUGACAAAGCUAUAUCUGGGUGAUUUACAGUGCAGUGCUUCCAUGAGGAGACAUCAAAAGUGGAGUCCACUACAACCCAAGUACCAGCCAGUUCAGCUGACUGUCAGGAAUACCAGCUUGGAUGGAAAAGGAUGGAGACAAUGUACCAUUAUGGGCAAAGAGCAGGAAUCCAAACAAAACAUGAGGUGAAACAAGAGCAUCUUGGGCAUAGAAUUGUUUCAAGGAGCCCCUGUUGGCUAACACAGACCAAGGACAAAUACCAAACAGCCUCAGUUGAAUCAACUUUAAACAUUUUAUAGAAAGCUGAAGCACAGUACCUUAGCCUAAUCCAACCUAUUUAUGAGUGUUUUGUGAACUUAAUUACAAAUUUAAAAUGUUUCCAAAUGAGUGGAGAGCUUUUGUUGCAAUAGGUUGUCUGGCCUGGCUUCUCAACAGAAAGUUGCCCAGAAAGAGAAGCUGUCUCGACACUGCAGAUAUUCCUCACCUUGAGGUGUCCGUGUUUGUGAUCUCAAAUGACUCCAGAACUUGCAGAGACUACUUUAAAUCAAUUCAACAAGUGAAGGCUUCAGUUAUUAUUCUUGCUGUCUCUGGUUAGUUUUUUGUUGGUUGUCUGACGGAUUGCUUUAUUUCUUGCUUUUGUCUCUUGGUUUUAGUAUUAUGACCAUCUACAUUUAUGCAAAGUGCUUCAGUAGGCUCUGAAGUCAAUACCCAGGCACAUUGAUAUCAAAGGUUAUCAUGAAGUACUAAAGGCCACCCAAAAGUGACAGCUUGCACUCAGUGUGUGUCUUACACUAAAGGCCUGGCUAUGUAGUUAAGUCCAUCACUGAGCUCCCAGGAACCCACCAGACAAACGGGAAUGGGUGCCUCCCUGAAUCCUCUCAAGGAAUAGUCAGCAAAGAAGGGAGCAUCUUGUGGAGCUUGGUACACUUGAAAUUGAGAUGAGCAGCUGGUCUUUACAGCAGCUAUUUGCUUCACAUGUGCCCAGAGACAGGAUAGCUUGUGUUUACAGAAUGAAGCUGAUGUGAGGGAAGGGUCUCAAAACUGCAUGUGAAUUAUAGGUGUCUAAAAUGAUGGCAGCAUAAGAAGUGGUAGACCCAAAGGCCUCUGAACCCCAUAAACCAUAAUAAACCCCAUAAGCAAUAAUAAUAAGCCCAUAAUCUACAAUUUCCAGAAUAAUAGUGAAAAAAGCAGAAACACAUCUUAAGUGUCUGGCUUAUUUUCCGAAAAUUAAACUGUUAGCAUAACUGUAAGCACCAUAGUUAUUUACAACAUGCAGAAAGUGUCAAGAUGAUAGUUAAAGUACUUACUUUGUGGAGGUAAUACAAAUAUUGUUGCAUGCAAAUCUCCCACAAACAGCAGCAGGAAUUUUUACUUUGGGUGACUGCAGGAUUUGGUAUAAUCUUUGCUAGGUGGUGAUUUUUUUCCAUGAAAGAGGAAAAUUACAUGAAAGGAGUUGGUAACUUUACAGACCCUUUCUUUUUGUGAUCUCACCUUGAUUUAACAAAUCAAAAAUGGUAGACAGAUUUCUAAGUUACAUGCACGGUUCAGCUGUACCACAAUUCUGCUACUAGAUUCACCCAAAAUACAGUUUCAUGAAAAAGAAACGCUUCUUAUGAAGUCAGCCCUAUAGGAUGCACUCUAAUGGGUUUUCCUUUAACACAUCAGAUAUUUUAAGAACAAAUUUUGUGUUUCAUUUUCCCACCUUACCCUGUCAAGGUUUAUUGUUUCACACGUUAUACUUCAUCCUGCAUCUUUUCCCAUUCAAGUUUAUUAUCAGUGACAAACCACGCGGCCUGAGCAACUUGGAGAAGCCCCUCUAUGCCAAGCCCUGCGUUUGAGCUGCUAUACACAGCAGUCAUUUCUAACGGGAGGAAGAGCAGAGCUGAGUAACACCAGGUUUAGGGGUUUUUCUUUAUUAAGAGGAGAAGGUUUACGUGUGGGAUGUCCCCGCGGGGGCGGUGCUCAGGGAGCCCUGAGGCCGGUGCCCGGGGCGGGGGGAGGCCCGGCCCGGCCCUGCCCGGCGCGGCGCGGGGGCCGCUUCCCCCUCAGCGGGGCUGCCGGCUUUAAGAGCGGCGCGGCGCACUCGGCCCCACACCGCCGCCAGCUCUCCGGCCGCGCUGUGGAGCUCGGCAGCCGAGCCCAGGACAGCGGCGGCGGCACCGGGGACACCCAUGCGGCACCGGCGGCCCUAGGCUGCCCGUCGGCCGCAGCAUGCCGCUCCCUCUGCGCCUGGUGUGGCUGCUGGGGCUCUGCAGCCUCUGCCGCGGCUACUUUGAGGGGCCGCUGUACCCCGAGAUGUCCAACGGGAGCCUGCACCACUAUUUCGUCCCCGAUGGGGACUACGAGGAGAACGACGACCCCGAGCGGUGCCAGCUGCUGUUCCGGGUGAGCGAGCAGCGGCGGUGCGGCGCGGCGGCGGCGGCGGGCGGCGGGCUCAGCCUGCGGGAGGAGCUGACGGUGCUGGGGCGGCAGGUGGAGGACGCGGGCCGGGUGCUGGAAGGCAUCGGCAGGAGCAUCUCCUACGACCUGGACGGGGAGGAGAGCUACGGUGCCUACCUGCGCCGCGAGUCCGCCCAGAUCAGCGACGCUUACUCCAGCUCGGACCGCUCGCUGAGCGAGCUGGAGGGUAAAUUCCGUCAGGGGCAGGAGCAGGGCGGCCGGGAGGAGUCGCGUCUGGGCGACAGCUUCCUGGGGCUGCUGCUGCACGCCCGCGCCCUGCUCCGGGAGACCCGCCACGUCUCCAGCGGGCUGCGCGACAAGUACGACCUGCUGGCCCUCACCGUCCGCAGCCACGGCGCCCGCCUCAGCCGCCUCAAGAAUGAUUAUCUCCGCGCCUGAGAGCGGAGCCCCCGGCCCAGCUGAACACGGACUCCCCCCGGCUUCAAGAGACCCCCCCAGCCCUGCCGCCGGCCCCCUGGAAGGCACAGCCCUGGCGUCUGCCUGGAAGGAGCACCUCCUUGGACAAAUCCUAGAAUUAUUAAGGUCGGAAAAGAGCUCCGAGAUCGAGUCCAAACCUUUGACUGAAUACCACCACGCCCAUUAAACCGUAUUGAGAAGUGCCACAUCUACUCGUUUUUGAACAUUUCCAGGGAUAGUAACUCAACCAAAAUACAUUCUUCUUCAUGGAAAAACCUUAUUUAUUUUACCUUCUAAACAAAUAGCACAAUUCUAUAAACCAGGAAGUUCGAGGUAUGUUUAAGUUAAUAUCCCAUAUUCAAAAAUCUCUGUUACAUCAUUCAUCUUUUGUUGCAAAGUGAAGUAAGCUUUCUCAUCUCUGAUUCCCUGUUGUUUGUUUUUGUAUCACCCGUUCUGCUGUGGCUCACCUGCCCUAAGUGUAGUUGAAGUGAGGUGCUGGCCAGCUCCUUCCAGACUCCUGCGUAGCAAAUACUUAAAUUGCUUUUGUUGUUAAUCCUUCAGGGUGAAACCUCUGGCCCUCUAUUAACUUCCUUUCUAAUGAUAUGUAUUAUAUGCUUGUUAAAAAUUGUUCCACUACAUUAAGCUGUGAUUUUCAUUUGGUUUUUGGAAAGAUGGGAACUAUUCUGGCAGGAUUUGUACUUCCAGGCUUGCUUAUCUGUGACUCUAAGCUAUCAUAACCCUAAAAAAGCAGCCAAAAAGGCUUAUGUCAGAUCCUGAGAAUGCUGGUGGAGAUUUUUAUAGCAAAAAGAAUGAGCCCUAGUGGUGAUUAGAGUUUUGGAUCCCAGAUUUGAGAGCCGGGAGCAUGUUUCUAAAGCAGACGAAAAGGUUUUGUCUGUGCAAGCACAUUGACUUUCCUUGUUGGUGACUUUGUACUUUUGCUAGCUAAGUUAUUAAUAAAACUUUGUGGUGCUAGACAAUAGCAAAAGUGCCUGGUGGGAUGGAGGGUGGGGAAUAUUUGGGUUUUUAGACUUACUGCUAUUUAACUGACAGUUUGGGGUAAUGUGGCUAUUAGGUUACAGACACUGCAGGCAGAAUACCUGUUUGGAUGAAAAGAGUUUAUUGGUUGUUGUAAUAAAUAUUUGAAAACAAUGUUAAAGUACAUUUUUGUUAUUAGUUUUCAAGAGGCUGUUGAUUUUAAAACGUUCUGUUGAAAUGUGUCUUUUCAACAAAAAAUUGAGUUUGUAGCCCCUGCCAAGUGAAAUAACUUGCUUUUCAGUAAAAACAAAUAAAAAUUUACGAACUCAUGAGGUAAGCAAAUUUCAUUAAAAGCAACAAUACAAAAGGACUUGUAGGGCAGACUUUUCUUUUUUAAGCCAUUUUAAGCACUUACUGCACUGGAAGAAAAGCUGAUAUAUUUUUGAGGUCUAUUCUUGUUAAACCUGCUUCCAUUUAGUUACACUUCAGUCCACAAACCAUUCAGUGGGUAAGUUACUCAGCAGUGCAGUGGGUCAGCAUAAGUCAGUUUGGACUAGAGUGCUGAAGGCACCAGGAAAGUCUUGUGAAGGUAGGUACUUACAGAACCAGACAGCUCAUUUUGCUGAAGGCAGUGAAGUGUAGCCUCCUAGCAAGAUACUUUAGAUGUCACCUUGCAUUUUUAAGUCCUCACUGUCUUUAAAGAUCUUCUGAAAAAAGGAAAUAUUUUAAUUGUUGACUCUAGUGAUUACUCAGUGUUAUUCUUCUGUUCUCAAGUUAGAAAGUGUAUGACAAGUUCUAACUCUUUAAUUUAAUUGUGAUAUUUCCUUGCCACUUGGGACAGAGGGCACAACUCACAAGAGUGAGCUGAGUCACUGAGUUUUGUGUGCUCACUAAUUAUUUAUAGUGAGCACACAAAUGCUCAUAAUAGCAUUUCUGAGCUGGACCAAGCUCCAGAAGUGCCUGAGACCAGGCUCCCCCAAAGAUGUCAUGCAGUUCCAUUUGUGGCCAGAGGCUUCUUAAAGAAAGUUUUAGUCUCUGUUUACCCACUUUUGAGUUGUUUGCUAUAACAUGAAUUGUAAACAUCAGUAAAUAAACAAAAAUGGCAUGACCAUGCUAUAUUCUUAGGUAUAUGAGAGCAGUAGUCAAAUCCUAAUAGAAACAUAUAAGUGGUAGUGUAAAAUACAGCUUCUUGAAUAUGCCUUAAGCAGCUUGACUAUUCUAUUUGCAGUAGCUAAUGUUUGGUCAAGCUGAAACUAUUCCAGUGUAUGCAGCAUACCAAAAGAGUAAAUGUUUGCAGAAUGUUUACUUUUCAGAGCAGGAGAUGUGUGGGUAUUUACAGUAUAACUCAUUCCACUCAGUGCCCUGUAAAUUGUCAUCUAAUGAAACAAGACUGUGGUACUUUACAAUCCACACUAAUAUUUCAUAUGAUAAAUAUGACUUAUUGACACUUUAUAUGUUUCAAAAAAAUAUAAACAUUUUUAUAUUUGAAAUAUGGCAGAAUUCUGAUUUUGUUUCAGUAGCAUUGAUUUUGGAAGGCUUUAUAUGGUCCUUUCAAGGAGAAAAUGAAGAUAUCUGAGCCUGGUCUAUGUAUAAGUUUUAUAUUUAAUAAAUCUUAUGUGGGUUUGAUGAAACCAGUACAAAAAUCUUUUAGGACAUUUAAAUCUAUUAGAGCUUGAUUUACAUCAUUUUGGCUGACCUAAGCAAAUGUCUAUGUUAAAUACAUAAUUUUUGAGUCAGAGUUGAGAAAUUAAAUGGUUUUUAUAGGGCUGCCUGCAAGAACUGCGUGCUUAGUCAUAUUCAGCAGUUUAAAGUGUUAAAUUCUAUUAUUUUCUUUAAAAACUAUGAAAACCAUAUAUUGCAAUACUCUUUGCAAUCUUAUAAAUGUCCUGUUGUUGCUUUUUAUCUGGUAAAAAAUUAUUUGUGUGGAAGGUAUGAAGAUCCCCCAGAUCAACCUAUUUUAAAUAGCAAAGGCUCUUUUAUCAUUGAAAAUUUGGUAAUUAUUUUUAAGCAGAGAGCUUUAAAAGGACGAUUGUAGCAGCAAUCAUCUCCAUGAUGUCCUUCUGUUACAUUGAAAUAUUGCAUUGGUAUUAGAUUAUUUUUCCUUUUGCAGGAUGCAGAAGUUCGAGCUAAAAUUAAGCUGACAGUGGGGUGGUUUUUUUUAGUUUACUGAUCAUUUCCAAAACACGUCUUAUUUCUGAAUUUAUUAAAGAGUUGAUGGUACUGAAGAGCAAAAAACUACUUUCUGGAAAAAAAAAUGCUGCAACUGGAACAGUCAUAGAGAGCUUAAGUAUUAAGUUUUUCAUAAAGAGGAACAGAUUGCCCAGAGAAGAUGCUGUGUGGAUGCUCCAUUCUUGUUUUCAAGGCCAGGCUAGAUGGAGCUCUGAGCAAGCUGGUCUAGGGGAGGGUGUCUCUACCCAUGGCAGGUGGAUUGAAAUGAGAUGAUCUUUAAGGUUCCUUCCAACUCAAAGCAUUCUAUGAUUAGAGUCAAACCAAGGCACUAAGGGAUUCACCUCCACUCCUCUCCAGGUAGCUCGCUUUUGAAGGCAGUGCUGUGAUGUGGAUACUCUCACAUCCACUGAUACACACAGAACAAACUCAGAGCAUGCACAAAACCCUUAACAAGAGCUUGACAAAGAAAAGUCUACUUGUGUGGUGCCAAGUUCAUGGCUAGGAAUUCAGAGGUGAGCGUGCAAACUGGAUUUUAAAACUGCAACUUCCACUUUCACAGGUUGACUUACCCAGGACCAUCCUCACAAAGAGGAGUCAAGUGAAGCUUUCAAAAACCUCGUGAGCCUUUAAAAAGCCCUUAUGUGUGCCAAGCUGGGGUGUAUGAAUUGUCUGAAGCUAAAUUGUUGCUCCUGUGGGUUGUCAUGUACUCAGAUGCAGUUUGGCAAGACGUAAACCUCAUAAGCAAAAAAUAUACCAGGCUUAGUCACUAGAAACAGCCUUGUAAGCUACAGAGCAAUGGUUAUAAUCUUGUCUAGGAAAUGUGUAUUUUGUGGAGAAAGUCUAUUGGAUGUGUCUAUUACUGUUUAUUUACAUGGUCUUCAUGUUGCUUUACCAGUUUCUUGCUCAUGCUUCUUGAAUAUCAAUUUUGUGAUUAUUAAAGAAGUUUUCAGCUAACACUGAA